AUGGACGGGCCAGAGGACACCAAUGCGGAGAAGUUGACAGCUUCGGAGCGAAGCUCUGCUGUCCAUCGCAAGCCUCGGUUCCUCGUCAUUGGCGCCGGUCGGCGUGGAACCGCCUAUGCGUCUGCCGUGCGACGAGAGAGAUUGUCAGCCAUCAUUGCUGCGGUUGCAGAGCCAGUCCAGUCGACACGGAUUUCUUUUGGCAAGAAAUAUGUCUGGGAGGAUGGGCCACCGCGGGAAGACCAGGCUUUCGAGUCGUGGCAGCAUUUUCUCGACUACGAGACGAACCGAAGGGAGGCCGAAGCUGCCGGUGAGAAGGUAUAUGCUGGGAUUGACGGCAUCAUUGUGUGCACCCAGGACCACACGCACAAAGAGAUCCUGCAGGCGUUUGGGCCGUUGAAAUUGCACGUCCUAUGCGAGAAGCCGAUUUCAACAUCUCUCCAGGACUGUCAGGACAUAUACGUUAGCCUCGGAGCCAACAGUCCAGAAAGGAUCUUCUCAACCGGCCAUGUCCUGCGAUACAGCCCUCACAACAUGCUUUUGAGGAGGUUCCUGUUGGAGGACAGGGCGAUCGGGGAGAUCAUAUCGGUCGAGCACACAGAGCCAGUUGGUUGGUUCCACUUCUCACACUCUUAUGUGCGAGGCAACUGGCGAAAGGAGUCCGUUGCGGCGCCAUCGCUCCUUUGCAAGUCUUGUCAUGACAUCGACUUCAUAUUGUGGCUACUCUGCUACAGGACGGACUUUGGAGAACCGGCGCACAUGCCUAGCCUGGUUUCCUCAGUUGGCAACCUGUCACUCUUCACCAAGCAUCGAAAACCGGCGGCAGCCGAAAGUGCCACCAAUUGCUUCUCGUGCCCUCACGAACGGAACUGCGAUUGGAGUGCCAAGAAGCUGUACGUCGAGAAGCUCUACGACAAGGGAGAGCGAGACUGGCCGAUAUGCGUCGUCGUCCCAGACAUAGAAGAUAUCACAGCUACGUUGGGGACCGAUCAUGGGCGUGCCGUCUUGACAGAGGUUCUUUCUGCAGACUACGACGCCUCUACACCAAGAGCCACCAUCGAGUCCAAGCAGUGGUAUGGCCGUUGCGUCUGGGAGUCCGACAAUGACGUCCUUGACGAUCAAAUUGUCACUCUAACCUGGGAUGACGACUCUCGCGCCGUCAGCGGCCAGGAAUUUCACGACCGCGGACCCAAGACCGCAGUCUUCCACAUGGCCGCUUUUACGGAAGCCCAGUCCAAGCGGCGGGGCAAAAUUUCGGGCACUCGCGGAGAGAUACAGUACGACAGCAACGAGAUUCGAGUCUACACAUUUGACAAGUUCCGGGACCCGGAGGCCGUGAAAGUCUUCACCCCUCCAAAGGCCGGUGGCGGUCAUGGCGGUGGUGACGGUGGUCUGAUGAACAGUUUCUCACAGGCUGUCGAGGCUGUCAUCAACGGCAAACUCAGCGUGGAGCAGGCGCAAGCGAAAUAUGUUGGCUGCACCUUGAAGGAGGCCUUUAUGAGCCAUGCCAUGGUCUUUGCUGCCGAAGAAGCUCGACUUGGAAGGAAGAUUGUUGAUUGGCGUGAUUGGUGGGCGAAGCUGGGGGAACGGCUCCUUGCCCAGUGA